UAUGUCCAUCGAAGGAGUACAGUGUCAGUAAUAUAGUAAUUCACUUCCAACUAUCUAGGAAAAUGAAGUUGUUCGUGGUUUUGUCGUGCAUUGCUUUGGCUGUAGCCAAACCACAGGGUUAUUCAUAUCCAGAACAAUCCAUUGGAACUGGAUUCGGAUUGAGCUCACCUGGAUCUGCUCCAGCCCCUUCAUUCAGUGGAUCUUCAAGUGGUGCUUCAUUGUCGGCCGGAUCUUCGUUGCCAAGUGCACAAUCAUUCGCCCAAGGCGCACCAUCAUUCGCGCCAAGUGCACAAUCAUUCGCGCAAAGCGCACCAUCAUUCGCGCCAAGUGCACAAUCAUUCGCCCAAGGCGCACCAUCAUUCGCGCCAAGUGCACAAUCAUUCGCCCAAAGCGCACCAUCAUUCGCGCCAAGUGCACAAUCAUUCGCCCAAGGCGCACCAUCAUUUGCGUCAAGUGCACCAUCAUUCGCCCAAGGCGCACCAUCAUUCGCGCCAAGUGCACAAUCAUUCGCCCAAAGCGCACCAGCUUUGCCAGCCACUUUAGCUUCAUCAGGCAGCGCGUUCAACGCACCUGCUCCACAAUCCUACCAACCAGCUGCUCCAGCCGCUCAAACUGAAGGCCAAACUACUGUCCACAAACACAUCUAUGUGCACGUUCCACCACCAGGAAUUGAAGAUGCUGCUGAACCAAGCUCAGCUGGCACUCCAGCUCAAGCACAAAAACACUACAAAAUCAUUUUCAUUAAGGCUCCAUCAGCUCCAGCUAUUGAUCCAGAUCAAUUACGUAAAUUGGCUCAACCAAAAACUGAAGAAAAGACUAUCGUCUAUGUUCUUGCUAAGAAACCAGAAUCACUUGACGAUUUAGCACGUAACCUCCCAGUCGUUUCAACAACCCCAAGCAAACCAGAGGUUUACUUCAUCAAAUACAAGACCCAAAAAGAACAACAAGAAGCCGCCGCACCAGCUGCUUCAGUUGCCCCAGCAACCAUUGAUACUGAAUCUACUGUAGUUUCCGCUUCAGACGAACCAGUCUCUGCGCCAGCUCAAUCAUAUGGAGCACCACCAGCACCAACACCAGCAGCACCAGCACCAGCACCAGCAGCACCAGCACCUGCUCAAACCUACGGCCCACCCGCUCAACAACCACAAUCUGCUUACUUACCAGCACAGCCUGCUCCACCACACCAGCCAGCAUCCACCUAUGGUCCAGCUCACUAAAUGGAACAAAACUCGAUUUUUGUUAUCAAUUCGAAUACUUCAAAAUGAUGAUGUUAUUGUCUCUUAUUAGAUUAAAAUGUUAUUAGUUAAGUAAAAAUAAAAAUAUUACGGUGACAAAAUUAAAUCAAAA